CAUUCAGCUUCAUAUGUAAGAUUUUUCAAAUCUGAUAUCAACGCCUACAGAUGCACUUCUCAAUUGUGCUCUUGCUCCUGACAGCUUUGAUCCAGCAGUCCAUCUGCUUUCUUGGUAUGGGCAGAUUGCAGUCAGUGGCUGUAAAAGGAGUUUUGGAGUGCAACGGUGUGCCAGCGAAAGACGUGAAGGUUAGACUCUACGACAAGCAGAUAUUUUUCGAUAGGAGACUAGAUGAAGGGAGGACAAACGUUUCCGGCAGCUUCUACCUCUCGGGAAGCAAAAGGGAAAUUACUAACAUUGAUCCUAGGCUCUACAUCUAUCACACAUGCAAUCAUAGCGGACCCUGCUCCAGAAAAAUUGUGAUGACCAUCCCUGACAGCUUCAUUACUAAAGGGCGUGUUCCGCAGAAACUGUUCAAUAUUGGAAGAGUCAAUCUUGCCGCCAGGACCAGGGGAGAAACUAUAACCUGCUUGCACUAAAAGCCAUGAUAGUGUCAAAUCUCUCUUUCAUAAAACUGAUCGAUCUGUACGAAAAAUAAUUUCUUAUGAUAUAAAUUUUUGAUUA